AUGGAUCAAUUAAAAGAUUCCAUUGAUCAAUCAAAUAUUGAUCGAAAGGCAGCUCUGGAGGCUAUUGAAUCCUUUCUUUCCUCUAAAAUACAAGCCGCUAAUGCGGGGAGUAUUCGUGGGAAAAAGAAUCCAGCUGUUAACGAUUUUAAUAACCCGCCAAUAGUACAGUCAUAUUUAUCCGAGGAUGAGGGGGUAACCAGUAUAUCUGAAUAUAAAAAUGGAAUAUCCGACCCCUUUUACAAUAUUGCCGUAGGUACCAAUCAUUCCAUUUCCUCGGCGAAAAAUAUACCUGUAUCGUAUCAGCCGAAUCACACUGAUACAAAUAGAGAAACGCCCCUGAUACAACGUAGUAUUGCCUAUUUUAAAAAUAAAACUAAAUUCCUCUCCAAAAUGGACACGUUUACCUCGGCGUUGAUCCCCGCUGCCAUUACCCUGGUCAUUACUAACUCAGCACAACCACUACUUAUAUUCUUGCUUAGAAAAUAUGGAGGGACUCCGGUGGGUGCCUACUUCUUCCUAUUCCCAACCUAUCUCGGCAUGAUCUGCGUCGGCCUAUAUCCAACCAAAAAACCCGUAUGGAAGGAAAAUUGGAUUUACCCCGGAGUAUUAGCUGGAAUUGACUUCUUGCAUCAGCUUAUUGAAAAGGCUGGGUUGCUAUACUGCGGUCCAUGCCUAUACACUGUGGCCAGCAGCAGCAAUACUCUGUUCCUAGCGCUAUUUACUUCCAUUUAUUUAAAUGUAAAAAUAACUAGAAAUACUGCAAUUUCAUUGACUAUUAUUUCAAUUGCAGUGUCAUUUAGUGGUUCGGGAAAAUUGUGCGAAAUAAACUCAACACAUUUGAUCGGCUUUACAUUGAACGCAUUCAACUUUGUGAUAGGAGAGAUCAUACUCAAAGAAAAUAAAAUCGAAGGCCCAAACCUCGUCUGUAUAAUGGGAUUCAUAUCCUUUAUCUCUCUCACCCUCUGGACCUGCGUUUGGACCAUUCCAAACUGGAGUACAAUCGCUCAUCAUACGGAAAUGAAUGUAUAUGCCAUUUUCAUUAUUUUAUUUGUCCUGUUUAUAUCAAAUUUCAUACGGUCUUCUGUAUAUUGGAUACUCAUAAAACGUGCUGGAUCUCUAUUCACAGGUGUGCUAAAGGCGCUCCGAAUUGUUAUUGUUAUUGUAAUAAGUCACAUUUUGUUCUCCCACAUAGAUCCCAUGCAGAGGAUCACAUUCACCAAAAUCUUCACCGCUCUGCUGUGUUCAACCGGUAUCGUGAUCUAUUCAAUAGACAACAAUAAUAAGAUUGAUAACUAUAAGAAUGAAAUGAAGGGGGAGAGAGAAGCGGUUGAGGAUGGCGAAGACGAAAAAAUCAUGGUAAAUGAUGAUGUUUAA